UAAAAUGUUAUUUUUUAUGCAAAAUUGAAUAUUUUCAUUCGCCAAUACAUCGAUUUAUUUUAACGUAUAUUUAUGUAUGUAUGUAAGUAUAGAUAUAGAUACUAUACUACCAGAGUACCUGUUGCAUAUCCACGUGCUUAAAAACAACUACCUUUUGCCUGCAUGUGGAACUCCGUAUCUAAGUAGAUCAAUUGGCAGUUCGCGAACAGCAGGCAGUAAUAAAUCUAGGACUGACGUUUUAGUGGACAGACGCAAAACUCGAAAGGCACAAAUUUUGAAAGAAAUUCGGCAUUUCAGAAAAAGUGUAAAAUUGCUUAUACCAAAACUACCCUUUGCUCGUCUAGUUAAAGAAAUUAUGAUAGAUUUAUUUCCUAGAAGUGAUGUAAGCAGAGUACAACCAUCUGCACUUGAAGCACUGCAAGAAGCUGCUGAAGCAUAUCUAGUUCAAUUCUUUGAAGAUUGUGUAUUAUUGUCACAGCAUGGAAAGCGUGUGACUCUUCAAAUUCAAGAUAUGAUUUUAAUGAGACGACUCAGAGGAAGAGAUGAUAUUAUAAAUAAAUGAAGUAAUUUCGCUAUUAGGCUUGAUAAUUUUAUUGUAUAUUUAUAAUAUAUUUUGUAUAUUUGUAUAUUUAAUAGUACCUGAUAUAACUACUUUAAAUAUUCUACUAAUUUUAUUAAGGAUACGAAUUGUUUCAUACUAUGAAGGCUACAGCAUUGUUUUUACUUUUUAUGAAUUGUUUUAUUGUAUGUUUAAUAAUUUGAAUAUAUAUCAUUGGAUAAUACUAAUUAAUAAAAAAGGAGAAAUAAUAUUGAUUGUUAUAUAUUAUUAUUAUGUAUUAAAAUUGGAAUAUUCUUGACAAAUUCACUGUAUUCUUAUCUGGCAUGGUAUUUAGUAUAAUGUUCAUGACACUAAGAAUUGUGGAGUGUUUGAUAACAAAUUAAACUUGUAAUGGUUUGUUCAAUAAAAUUUAUUUUAUGGGAAACAAACUUUUGAUAAAAUUCUUACGUUUACUUUACGAAACUUUGGUAAAAUAUACAUUUCUUGAUUCUUCGGCAGGAUCUUAGAAUAGUACAUAUCGAAGCUUCGUAAGGUUUACUUCGUACGGAUUUUGUUCGAAUUUUCUACGUAUGUAACGUAACAUCAGUUAAACGUGAUACAGUAAAAACGGUUAUUAAACAAUAAAAUAUAACGUAACAGGUUGUUACGAUAAAAUUUCUUUUAUUAUUUCGUACGGGUUAGCUGCCAUCACUCGCAACAUCUUUCGCAAAUGGAACAUUAUAUUACGAUAUCCUAAAAAAACCGACUAAAAAAUAGUAUUACAAAUAACAAUGCUACCUAUCUACGCGUUUAUAACAUAUGUAUAUC